AUGUUACCUACCAGGGUUGUGCAGUUAGUCCCAAGCGUUACAGUCUUUAGUAGUUUAAUUGCUGGUAAGACUCAUUUUAGUACUACGGGCUACAAGUAUAAUCCAAAUGACAAGCCGGAACCUGAUAAGUUAUUGAAGGAUAUUGCAUCGUAUGUUCAUAAUACGAAGGUUACAUCAAAACCAGCAUUCGAUACAGCUAAGUUGUGCUUUUUGGACACGUUAGGGUGUGGUCUCGCUGCCUUAAAACAUAAGCCACCGCAAAGAAUUAUUAAACCAAUAGUUCCGGGUAUGUCAGUUCCAAAUGGAGCGAAAGUCCUUGGUACGAAAUAUAGGAUGGAUCCUGUUGCUGCUACUUUUGCACUUGGUGCGCUAUUUAGAUGGCUAGGCUAUAACGAUCGCUGGUUAGCUUCGGAAUGGGGCCAUCCAUCUGAUAAUUUAGCAGGAAUAUUAGCAGUCGCGGAUUAUAUGACUAGACUAUCCAAGUCAAGCGGUGGCGAUGAAGGUAGGUUCUUUACGGUUCAUGAUGUAUUGGAGGCCUUAAUUAAAGCAUAUGAAAUACAAGGAAUAAUCGCGCUGGACAAUAACUUUAAUGAAAUUGGACUUGAUCAUGUUGUCCUUGUCAAAAUAGCAACUGCCGCUGUUGUCUCGAAAAUGCUCCAUAUGACUGAGGCCCAGACUGUAGAAACGAUAUCUCAAGCAUUUGUUGAUGGACAUCCAUUAAGAACAUAUAGAUAUCCACCAAAUACUGGUAGCAGAAAGUUUUGGGCGGCAGCUGACGCUAGCUCUCGUGCGGUUAAGCUAGCAUUUUUGGUGAAAUACGGGCAUAUUGGUGGUGUACCAUCAGUUUUAACAGCUAAAAAGUGGGGGUUUUACGAUGUAUUUUUCAACGGAAAGCCAUUCAAUUUCAAACAGAGAACAGAAUUCGGUUCAUAUGUUAUGGAAAAUAUUGUCUUCAAUGUGUCGUAUCCAGCGGAGUUGCAUGCCCAAACUGCUGUAGAAGGCGCGUUGGAAGUUCGGAGAAGGUUAGAUAGGUUAGGUAAAACUUACAAAGAUAUCUCAUCCAUUCAGAUUAGAACUCACGAUGUCGCCGCAGCGAUCGUUGAUAACCCAGGUCCUUUGCAUGAUUUUACUGAAAGAAGACAUUCUAUACAAUAUAUGGUCACAAUACCGCUAAUUUACGGUAGAUUAACUGCGGAUGACUAUUAUGCCUCAGUUGCUCUAAACCCGGAAGUUGAGGAGUUGAGGUCUAAGAUUCAUUGUAUUAAGGACGAACAAUUUACUAAGGACUAUCAUGAUCCUGAAAAGAGAGCAAUUCCUAACGCAUUGAGCGUUCAAUUGAAGGAUGGUACCGUUGUUGAUGACGUCUUGGUUCAGUAUCCAAUUGGACAUAGAUUUAGGAGAAAAGAAGCUGUCCCCUUAUUGCUAGAGAAGUUCUAUCAGCAUCUUUCGGAACAUUUCCAUGGUAAUACAAGCAAAAUAGAAUCUAUAAUGUCCCUAAUUUCUGAGCAAGAGUUUGAGUAUAUGCCAAUUGACGAGUACAUUGAUAAUCUGUGUUAA